GCAAAAACCCCUGUGCUAUUAGCUAACUAGUAGCUUAUAUAAAGCCUGGUUCUUUCAGAACCCUAAUCACGAUAGCUAGCUACACCAGCAGCAUGCAUGCCAGCAUCCAGCAUAAUUAAGAGUAGCUAAAAGAUCAAACAUUAACCAAGAGAAACAAUUAAUAUUAGGCAUUUAUUUAGCUCGAAUAAUCAAGUGAUUAAGUUGGUGACACUUAAUUAGGAUGGCUAGUAAUAUUGCAGUCGUCGUCCUGCUCGUGUGCACGUUCAUGGCGUUGCAGGCGAUGGCGGCGGACGCCUACUACGACAACAACGGCGGGGGCGGCGGCGACGACAGCGUGACGAUGCAGAUGUUCGAGGAGUGGAUGGCCAAGUUCGGCAAGACGUACAAGUGCCACGGCGAGAAGGAGCACCGCUUCGCCGUCUUCCGCGACAACGUCCGCUUCAUCCGGAGCUACAGGCCGGAGGCGACCUACGACUCCGCCGUGCGCAUCAACCAGUUCGCCGACCUCACCAACGGCGAGUUCGUCGCCACCUACACCGGCGUCAAGCAGCCGCCGCCGGCGACGCACCCGCACCCGCACCCCGAGGAGGCGCCCCGCCCCGUGGAUCCCAUCUGGAUGCCGUGCUGCAUCGACUGGAGGUUCAAGGGCGCCGUCACCGGCGUCAAGGACCAGGGCGCCUGCGGGUCAAGCUGGGCGUUCGCGGCGGUGGCGGCGAUGGAGGGGCUGAUGAAGAUCAGGACGGGGCAGCUGACGCCGCUGUCGGAGCAGGAGCUGGUGGACUGCGUCGACGGCGGCGGCGACAGCGACGGGUGCGGCGGCGGGCACACGGACGCCGCGUUCCAGCUCGUCGUCGACAAGGGCGGCAUCACGGCGGAGAGCGAGUACCGGUACGAGGGGUACAAGGGCAGGUGCCGCGUGGACGACAUGCUGUUCAACCACGCGGCGCGCGUCGGCGGCUACCGCGCCGUGCCGCCCGCCGACGAGCGGCAGCUGGCGACGGCCGUGGCGCGGCAACCCGUGACGGCGUACGUCGACGCGAGCGGGCCGGCGUUCCAGUUCUACGGCUCCGGCGUGUUCCCGGGCCCGCGCGGCACGGCGGCGCCCAAGCCCAACCACGCCGUGACGCUGGUGGGCUACUGCCAGGACGGCGCGUCCGGGAAGAAGUACUGGAUAGCCAAGAACUCGUGGGGCAAGACGUGGGGACAGCAGGGCUACAUCCUGCUCGAGAAGGACGUCGCAUCGCCGCAUGGCACCUGCGGCCUCGCCGUCUCGCCGUUCUACCCCACCGUCUAGGUCCUGCAGCUAGCCGGCCACCUCCAUCGCCGUCGUGCCGUCCCUAGCAAUAAUGUGCAAGCCAUCCAACUAGUUUAGGUGUUGUUACAGGGUCUGCAAGGUACGUAAAGGUGAAGUAAUAUGAACCGUUGAUUAAGUGAGAGGAAUUGUACGGAAAUAAAAUUAUCGUAAACGAUGGUAAUGGAAUAAUUAACUAGUAAAAAAUGAUCAUUUUCUUUAUGUGAAUUA